UGAGGUGAUUCACGGAGCGACUUCAAGCCUGUGGCUCUCGCUCCGCCCGGGAGCAGAUAGGAGCACGUACCUCCCGCUGGGCCGCUGGACCCAAGGGCUGCCUUGGGAACGGUUCUGCCGCAUGUGAUGAAAGUGUCUGCUCUCAGGGAAAGCACAGCCAUGGCUUCCCCAGCGCCCCGGGAGAUGGAGGAGGAGCUGGUAUCUUCUGGCUCUGAGCCAGGUGACCCUCAGGCCAAACCCCCAGUCAAGCCCAAACCCCGGGCUCUGCCGGCCAAGCCAGCCCUGCCAGCCAAACCCAGCCUGCUGGUACCUGUUGGGCCUCGACCUCCUCGGGGUCCCCUGGCCGAGCUGCCUUCUGCGCGGAAGAUGAACAUGCUGGCGGGACCCCAGCCCUAUGGUGGCAGCAAGCGUCCACUCCCUUUUGCACCGAGGCCCGUGACUGUGGCCUCUACUGGAGGAGACGCCACCCCAGAGACUGGGAAAGAGGAGGCUGGGAAAGAAGAGCUGCCCCCGCUGACACCCCCAGCUCGAUGUGCCCCCCCGGGGGGCGUGCGGAAGGCCCCUGCUCCCUUCCGUCCGACCUCGGAGCGCUUUGCAGCCACCACGGUGGAGGAGAUCCUGGCCAAGAUGGAGCAGCGAAAGGAGGUCCCCGCCAGCCCUGACCGCCUCUGGGGCUCCUGCCUCCCCUUCAACCACGACGGCAGCUCCAGAUACGGCUCCCGGACCUAUGGCGUGGCCGCGAGUCCUCGGGACGAGGACCGUGGGACCGUCUCCAAGGGGUGUUCCCAGGGGGGGCCAGCGAAGGCCCCCACAGAGUGCCCGGAAGAGCACAGCAAGACCCCCGAGGAGAGGAGCCCCCCUGCGGACCGGGCCUACAACGGGGGCCUGGCUCAGCUGGCCAGCAUGGAGCCAGCUGCCGAGGCUUCCAAGCCUUGGGUGCCCCCAAGUCCGGGCCCUGCUGCAGAGAACGGAGACUCCGCCAGCCCUGGCCUACCUGCUGAAGCCUCGGACCCAGCCACUGGGUCUCCCUGUCCCCGCUCGCCAGAGAAGACAGCUCUCCACCAGUCUCAGCUUCCAGAGACCCAGAGUCCAGGUGCUUCUGGGCCUUCUCCCUGCCUCCCUGCGACUCCAACCUCUCCUGCUGCCUCCCUGCCCGAGGAGGGCUCCUGCCAUCACCCUAGCCCAGAGCUCUGUGCUCCAGGAGCCUCCGAGGCCCCCGGCCCCAGCAGCCCCCGCAGCCCCCGCCUCGUCAAGGUGUCUGGGCGCCACAGCCCAGACCUGCUUGUGGCCGCCUCGCCCCGGCCCCUGACGGAGGUGGGUGAGAUGCUGGAUCUGAAGCGGACGUUUCCCUCCAGCGAGGAGGCUGUCCCAGGUGACCUCCGGCCCACCAGCCUGGCUCAGCGCAGAUUUUCUGAAGGUGUGCUCCGGCCCCCGGCCCAAGACCAGAAGCUGGGGGGCUCUCUGGUGGCCCUGUCCGAGGCCCAGGGAAGCCAGUCGGCCUUGGAUCGCCCCUUUGGGAGUGGGACAGAGUCCAACUGGAGCUUGUCACAGUCCUUUGAAUGGACCUUCCCGACACGGCCUACUGGUCUCGGGGUGUGGCGGCUGGACUCCCCGCCCCCUUCUCCCAUCACCGAAGCCACGGAGGCUGCGGAGGCGGCUGAGGCGGGGGACUGGCCCCCAUCCAGCAGGGAGGAAGGAGAGGCCCAGCGGGGCCAACAUGCCCGGUCAGCUCCGGAGAGGCCAGGAAGGCCAGGCUCCUGGGUACAGGCCGAUGAUCUGGGCAUCUCCUCAAGCCCAAAGGCUGACAAGGAGUGUCAGCCUCAGGCCCCAGCUGUCUCCCCUGAGCCCCUAGCCACGACAGGGAGCCCUCCUGCCUCCACCCUGUGGCAAGCCGAGGAGAGAUACGAGGAGGAGCAGCCCCUGGCCAGACAGGAGUCCCUGUGCCCUCUGGCCCCUGGGGAGGCUGCUUUGCCCAUCCUGGAGCCCAUCCUGGGGCAGCAGCGGCCAGCACCCUUCGACCAGCCCUGCGUCCUCUUUGCCGACACCCCUGAUCCCCGGCAAGCAUCGCCUGCCGAGGAGGAGGCUGUGACCCUGACUCAGGCUGAGACCACCCAAGCCAGGACAGAGGCUCAAGACCCCCGGAGGGCGUCCCCCGACCCUGUAGGCCCGGAGGACAGUUCCCGCUGGCUGGAUGACCUCCUGGCUUCGCCCCCACCUAGUGCUGGCAGUGCAAGGCGAGGCGCUGGAUCUGAACUGACCGAUGCACAGACCCCAAGUGCCUGCCCCGAGGGACUCCUCGGUUGGGCCCAGAAGGAUCUGCAGAGUGAAUUUGGCAUUGCAGCAGACACCCACCCUGGCAGCUUCAGCCCAGUGGUUUCCACGCAGCAGUUUCAGCCCAGCUGGUCCCAAGAUACCUCUCAGGACUAUGGCCUUGGGGGUGCCAGUCCUAGAGGAGACCCAGGCCUUGGAGAGAGGGGCUGGUCCCCCAAGUGUGGGCAAGGAAUAGGGGAAGGGAGCACUAGGGAGUGGGCGAGCAGGCGAGGCCCUGGCCAGCAGGAGAUGGAGGUUAGCGGCCAAGGUGGGAGUGGAGCUUCUGCCCUGGGUGGCCUGGGAGCCCAGGGCCGAGUGAUUGGCAAGCCCGCCCCGCAGAGCCCCGAGGCAGAUGUCCAGGCCUGGGAGUUCAGGAAGAGGGACUCCCAGGGCGCUUACUCCAGUCGGGAUGCCGAACUCCAGGACCAGGAAUUCGGGAAGAGAGAGUCACUGGGCGCUUACUCCAGUCGGGAUGCCGAACUCCAGGACCAGGAAUUCGGGAAGAGAGAGUCACUGGGCGCCUACUCCAGUCGGGAUGCCGAACUCCAGGACCAGGAAUUCGGGAAGAGAGAGUCACUGGGCGCCUACUCCAGACGGGAUGCCGAACUCCAGGACCAGGAAUUCGGGAAGAGAGAGUCACUGGGCGCUUACUCCAGUCAGGAUGGAGGCCUGCGGAACUGGGAAUUUGAGAAGAGAGAUUCACUGGGUGCUUAUGGCAGCCGGGAUGCAGAUGAACAGAGCCAAGAACUAGGGAAUAGUGAGCACCCAGGCAGGUAUAGCAGCCAGCAUGCAGGGGAGCAGGACCGGGAGUUUGGGGGGAAAGAGUCUGCCGUGGAGCGGCGGGACCAGGAUUUCGGGAAGAGUGCCUGGAUGAGGGACUACAGUGACCACAGCAGCACCCUGGGCCUUGGCUCUCAGGACAGAGGCUUCGGGUCGAGAACCACGAGUGCCGGGUUCAGCCCUGAGGAUGCACAGCAGCAGGACGAGGAGUUUGAGAAGAAGAUUCCGAGUGGUGGUGGGCUGGGGGAAGCAGGCAGGGCUGGCAGCCAGCCCGAAGAGAGAGAGCUGGGGGGCUUGUUCAGCCCCAGCACCCCCCAUUCGCAGGACGGGGCCCUUGGACAGAGAGACCGGAGCAGCUGGCAAGGCAGCAGUGCCAGCCAAGAAGUUGGAGAGCUGCAGGGGAGACCACGGGCCGGGUGCCGGAGCCCAGGCGGGCCUGACCAGGGAGACGGGGACACCGGGCAGCGAGGCUGGGCCAGUGACUUCAGCCUCGGUGCCGUUCACCAGUCGGGGACAGCCUUCAGUCCAGAGCAGCGAGACUGGAGUGGUGACUUCUGCAUGGAGGUUACUGAGAGGAGCCAUCAGUUUGGCAUCAUCGGCGAUGACCGGGUGAGCGGCGCGGGCCUGAGCUCUCCUGACAAGUUGGGAAGUGGUCACUUUGUGUCUCCAGACAAGACCUCUGCUGGGCCACUGGAUUGGACUGACCAGCUAGGCCUCAGGAACUUGGAAGUGUCCAGCUGUGCAGGUUCUGGGAGCUCGAGUGAGGCCAGGGAGCAUGCCCUGGGCCAGAGAGGCUGGUCAGACAAGCUGAGCUCGAGUGACCUGGGCCUGUCCAGCCGUUUGGAGACUGGAAGACCUGAGGAGCCCAGGGGGGUUGUAGGGGGCGAGAAGGACUGGACUUCAGAUGUCGGGAUGAGGAGCAGAGAGCUAGCUGGGGUGGAGGAGGUGGGUGGCCACAGCCAGGCCAGAGAGAGUGGUGUGGGCCAGACCGACUGGCCCGAUGUAGAGGCGGGAGAGUCUCUUCAAUCCAGGGAACGUGGAGUGGGGCAAGCAGACUGGACACCCGACCUGGGGCUGAGGAACAUGGCGGCUGGCUGUAGCUCUCGGGAGCUCGGGGUGGGCCAGGUGGACUGGGGCAACAACCUGGGCCUGAGGAAUUUGGAGGUGCCCUGUGACCUGGAAUCUGAAGCUUCUCAGGAGCCUCGGGGCUGUGGAGUGGGGCAGAUGGACUGGAGUCAGGACUUGGGGCUCAGGAGCACGGAGCUCUCUGGGGCCCUCGGCGAGGCCAGGGAGCGGGGGGUGGGGGAGGUCAGCCAUCGCCUGGAGCUAGGCCCCAGGGACCACAGCUUGUCCCCGGGCCCGGAGGCUGAAGACCCCGUGGAGGCCAGGGGGUUGGGGGUCGGCGAGACAAGCGGGCCAGAGACCCCAGGCGAUGAUGAGGACUCCUCGCCUUCCUCGGACACCCGCCCUGAAGACCUGGGCAUGGAGCCGGGAGCGGCACCGGGCUUUGGAGCCAGUCCUGGUGGGCACUCGGCCCGCUCCCCACCCUCUGGCUCCCAUGCCCUGCUGGAGGAGAUUCGUGCCGCCGGCAGCACCGAGGCAGCGGCCCGCAGGGAGUCCGCAGCCUCUGGCCUCAGGGGCCUGUUGGAGGAGGCAGGAGCCACAGCAGCUGCAGACCGAGGGGAGCCCCUGCAGCCGGGCAGGGACCCUCUGCCCUCCUGGAGGCCCCAACCUGAUGGUGAAGCCAGCCGGACAGAAGAGGUGGACGGCACCUGGGGCCCUGCCGAGGCUGGGCGGGGUGAGCAGGCCCCCACGCGGCUCCCUCGGCGGCCCCCCCAGGGCCCUCUCCCCAGCGCCCCCAGUCAGGACUUCUCCUUCAUUGAGGACACCGAGGUCCUUGACAGCGCCAUGUUUCGGAGCCGUGCCAGCCUGGGGCGCAAGCGCGGGCACCGGGCCCCCGCCAUCCGGCCUGGGGGAACCCUGGGCCUGUCCCAGGCAGCGGACUCGGACGCACGCCUGUUCCGGGACUGCACAGAGCCACGCGCCGCUCGUGUGCCGUCUUCCGACGAGGAGGUGGUGGAGGAGCCUCAGCACCGCCGGACGAAGAUGUCCCUGGGCUCCAAGGGCCUGAAAGUCAACCUCUUUCCGGGCCUGAGCCCGUCAGCCCUAAAGGCCAAGCUCCGCCCCCGCAACCGCUCAGCAGAGGAGGGGGAAGCGGUGGAGAGCAAGUCGAGCCAGAAGGAGACCACGGUCCAGCGCUCCAAGUCCUGCAAGGUCCCGGGGCUGGGGAAGCCCCUGGCGUUACCUCCCAAACCAGACAAGUCCUCAGGGUCAGAAGGAUCGUCGCCCAACUGGCUACAAGCCCUGAAGCUGAAGAAGAAGAAGGUCUGAGAAGUCACUGAGGUCCUUCCCGUCUGGAAGUCUCAGGCAGUGCCCGCUCCUGUGAGGUCCCCAGUGAGGAGACAGCUGGGGGCCCCCGCGCCCCAGGCCGCAGCCUCUGUCCCCCCAGCGCCCCUGAGGAGCAUCUUGGGAGGCACAUUUAUGCACUUUGUAUCACCUCCCUGCCCCCCACCCGACGCCCCCCUCCGGAUCUGGAUUCCGUCAUUAGUGGUCGAAGGUUUUGGCCCCUCUCGUUCCCUAUUUCUGCCUCCCUCUCUGCUUCCUCCUCGAGCCUCCCUUGGGUUUUUUCUUUUGAUACCAAUUUAUAGCAUUUUUUAUAAAAGCCUUUGAUUUUUGUAACGGGCGGAGCCCUGCCCCACCCUCACCCCCACCCCCGUCUCCCUCCGCCCUGCCAGGUGUCCCACAGAGACCAAUGACAUUUUGCCACUUGAAACAAUAAAGUUUUUUGGGAAUUGGU